CUGAUAACAGUCACCAUCCUCCAUCAUACCCUCCAGCUGCCCCAUUGCUCGCUCAUGAGCUCCAGCUGACUCCCUCUCUUCCUGCCAUUGGGCUGACAUCCGCACGACUGGCUUCAUGACGUUUGCUCCUACGACCUUCACUUCGCAAGACUACAUCUCAGACCACCUUUGGAAAGCGUCUGUGAAUUAACGAAAGACCACACCCCUCUGAACAAAUCAACAUGACAACUACCCUAUUGCCUCGCAUUGGCAAGCAGCCAAUAAUGCGAGCACACCUCAACCUCUUGAGGAAGCCCGUCGGCGUCACGCAAGCCCGAUUCAACGCCACGGUCGUCAACAACAGCGUGCGAGCUCCCCCUCCACCUUCCACUCGUCGCGCUCGCGCCAUCCCGCCAUUGGACGAGCCGGCCACUUUCACCAUUCGUGAUGGCCCCAUCUAUCACGGCAAGAGUUUCGGAGCCAAGGCGAAUAUCAGUGGUGAGGCGGUCUUUACCACCUCGUUGGUUGGAUACCCGGAAUCUAUGACGGAUCCGUCUUAUCGCGGCCAGAUUCUGGUGUUUACCCAGCCAUUGAUUGGGAACUAUGGCGUGCCGAGUGCUGCGAGAGAUGACUACGGACUGCUGAGGUACUUUGAGAGUCCCAACAUCCAAGCUUGCGGCAUUGUUGUCGCGGAUGUGGCGUUGCAGUACUCGCACUGGACCGCGGUGGAGAGUCUCGCGCAGUGGUGCAUUCGGGAGGGCGUCCCGGCCAUCUCUGGUGUCGACACGCGUGCGAUUGUCACGUAUCUGCGAGAGCAGGGAUCGUCGCUUGGCAAGAUCACGGUGGGAGAGGAGUACGAUGCAGACGAAGACGAGGCCUACGAGGAUCCGGCGAGUAUCAAUCUGGUAAAGAAGGUGUCUACCAAGGCGCCCUUCCACGUGCCGUCACCCAACGGCGAUGCGCAUAUCGCCCUGAUCGAUUGCGGCGUGAAGGAGAACAUCCUUCGCAGUAUCGUUUCGCGAGGUGCGAGCGUCACGUGUCUGCCCUACGACUACCCGAUCCACAAAACCGCUCACCAUUUCGACGGCGUCUUCAUCUCCAACGGCCCGGGAGACCCGACGCACUGCCGCUCCACGUCCGACAACCUGCGCAAACUCAUGGACACCUCUCAGAUCCCCAUCAUGGGCAUCUGCCUCGGACACCAACUGGUGGCCAUUGCAGCCGGGGCCAAGACGACGAAGAUGAAGUACGGCAAUCGCGCACACAACAUUCCCGCGCUCGACCUCAGCACAGGCAAAUGCCACAUUACCAGCCAGAACCACGGCUACGCCGUCGACCCGGAGACUCUACCGGCGGAGUUCAAAGAGUACUUCACUAACCUCAACGAUGGCAGCAACGAAGGCGUGAUCCACAAGUCGCGCCCGAUCUUCAGCACGCAGUUCCAUCCUGAAGCUAAAGGUGGGCCACUAGACAGCAGCUACCUGUUCGAUGCGUAUCUGGAUAGCGUCAAGGCUUACAAGGAGUCGAACGAUGUGCUGAAGGGAGGCAAGGACAACCGGCCCAAUCCGUUGCUUGUGGAUCUGCUGGCGAAGGAGAGGGUGGGUGUUGUUCCGGAGCAGAUUGCCACGUUGGGCACUGCUGCGGUGUUGUAGUGGAUGGAAGAGUUGAGAUGGGUUUCUUUUCUUUUGUUCGGCAAGGUCGUCUAUCUGUUUCGAGUUUGCUUCAUGGCGUAUACUAGCAACAUAACGACAGUCAACCACGUACACGUCAAUCACCAAGACUCGUAUGAGACACUGGGCCACACAAGAUCAGAUGUGCGAAACACGUAAGAAAGAGGCAAAGACGCGCG